CCAUAUUGCACUCGCUUCAAUAUCUAACGUAUAAUAAAUAUAUAUAAUAUAAUAUAUAUAUAUAUAUUAUAAUAAAAUGUAGCUACCUAUAGUCAAUAACCUGCACCUGGAACGUUACUUUAGAAGACAUUAAACAACAAUAUUCCAGUAGACCCUUACUGACUAUGUUGUGUGGUACUUAACAGAUAGUGUAAAGUACGCUGAACAUAUGGAUGACAGCCCUGCAUCCAAGCACUCAUCGUGAGUGCUCACCGUGCGGGCUCAUACUGCCAGCCGGCAUUCACUCUCCCUCUUUCAUCUUCCAACCACCGUACAGAGACUCACAAUGGCGAUCCUGCCAGGAGUUGCAGCAUUUAUUUGCAUUUGGCUGCAACAUAAAUAUAGAACUACAAAUUAUAUGACGGGAAAGGCAUCACUCAGAGUUAAAAGCUCGAAACGAAGAGAGUACACAAAAAACAAGGUUAUAUCUGCAGCGUGAGCCAGAACAAGAAAAUGGCUGCACAAAAAAAAAGCGGAUCUUGUAUCGCGCUGAGCGGAGAAAGGAAAUUGUGUUGAUCAAAGCAACCAUUGAGGCAAGCGAUUUGAAAAACUGCGCUGCGCUUAGACUACAAAAAAUUAGAAAGAGAACAUAACUCGGUCUCAACCGCGCUGCUGAGCGAGUUGAAGACUGCGCUGCUGAGCGGGUUGGAACACCGCGCUGCUGAGCGGGUCAUAAGACCGCGCCGCUGAGCGGGUCAUAAGACCGUGCUGCUAAGCGGGUCAUAAGACCGCGCUGAUGAGCGGGUUGGAAGACCGCGCUGAUGAGCGGGUUGGAAUACCGCGCUGAACAAACUAAAAGCUUGCUCGAAUAAAUACGACACAAAACCAAAAAAAGAUACAAAGCGAACUGCAUCUAAGCGGAUUAAUCACAUCGCGCUCAAUAGCAUUGCCUUAAUCGCAAAUUGUUCUUGGGUUUCAUUUCAGAUAGCAUAACGAUACGAUUGAGUAUUGAAAACGAACCCAGGAACACCGUAACGAAAAUGUCGAAUCAGGGAAAGUACGUCCGAAACACAACCGAUUGCCCGCCGAGUGACGAUGACGUUUGCGACCAAAUCGGAAAGCAGAUUGUUGAUGUCGGUCAUACUGAGGAAAACGAAGCUCCGCGUAUGAUACGUAACAAUACCGACGGUUACAGCGAUAACAUGGAAUCUGGUAGCGAUUCCGACGACGAAAACGAAGCAUACUCGAACAAUGAAUCAAGCUCUACGGCAUAUUCGACAAGAUCACCCUCGGCAUCCCCACCGGUCGCGGAAGUUACACCACCGAAGGUGCCGAAUCUGACAGCACACGAACAAGCAAACGCAGAUCGGAUUGACCGUAUGGAAAAGAUGCUCGAGAACAUGAACAACGCCCUCGCUUGCUUCCAAGCGAAUUCAGGACCGAUACCAAACGAUGACACCGACAAAAGCUGGAAGUUUCCGACAGACGCAGAACGACGUGGUGGUGAGAGUUCCUCUUCAAGUAUUCGAUGGGACCACUUGAAGCCGUUCCCGAGCGGUAUCGCUGCUAAUAAAAUGUGGGAACAUUGGAACCGCUACAUAGAAAACUACGAAAUAGCAGCCUCCUUGAGCAACGUCAACGAUCCUGUCAAACGAACACAACUGUUAUACCUCUCCAUGGGCGACGAACUACAAGGAAUAGUUAAAGCUGCAAAGCUCCGCCCAAGCUUGUCGAGCCCGAACUGCUACACUACUUUUCUGACAAACAUUCAAAAAUAUUUGCGAUCCAUGACAGACACUGCUGCCGAACACGAGGCAUUUUCACGAAUGAAGCAAGGGAAUGAAGAAUCCGCCGUAGCCUUCCACGCACGAUUGAUGUGCAAAGUCAGGUCUUGCAAUUACAGCGUCGAUGAUGAGGAUAGGUUCGUGCGGUCGCAACUCCUGACUGGUCUCAGAAAUAGGGAACUCGUGAAACAGGCCAGGACAUACGGUCAUGAUACGAAUUUCAUCGUCCAAUCAGCGACGAGGGACGAAGCGUUUGAAUCCGAGACUAAGCAGCAGGAAGAACCUAGGUUGCUGGCAAUUAGAAGCUACCAAAAUCGACCACCCUACAAUCAGUCAAGUCGAAAACGUACAAACAUAGCUGGAACUGCUGGGAGAGCCAGCGGACUACCAGCAAAACGACAGCACACCGAUGAAUCCAACCAGCAACGGUCCCAAAGACAACGUCAGCGAUGCCCCCGUUGUCUUCUUCUUCACCACAGGAACGGACAAUGCCCAGCACUCAGCCGGAACUGCAACGAAUGUGGCAAACGCGGUCACUACGCGGCCGCUUGUCGCCAGAAGCAGGUGAACGCCAUGGAGAGAAGAACCAACUUCGAUAGACUUCCGAGAAAACAUGACACUCCCGAUGACAAUAAGCAGGAAGACGAACAGGUAUUUUCUGAUUGAUUACUAAUUUCCCUUUUCUUUUCUUCAAGU